UUCCAUAUUUAAGAGCCAGACCAUUAAAGAACCGAAGAAAGAGCAAGUCCUUCUGUCUACAUAAAUCUUGUUACAUAGAGCAUGAACACAGUUUCCAGACAACUUGCCAGCAGAUUAUCAAGAGCGACUACCAAAAUAUCCCGCACACAGCUGCCCCGCACCUCACAACGAUUCAUACAUUCGCAACAACCAACAAUGACUACCGCUACGUUCAAGUACAUUGACCAGUCUUCCUAUGAAGGAAAGCCAUGGGGCAAAGUCGAUGGACCGGGCACGUCCUUCACCCUGAAAGAUUAUCAACGAGAUGUUACCUCUCUCCGAGGCGCCGAGUCCCAGUACUCCACCGAGAACAGCGGCUUCGCAGUAUACAACCACCCUGCUGAAGAGGAGCUCUUCACAAACGAGUCUGCGAUCCGAAAUGGCUACUAUGCGGAAGUGGAAGCAAUGCUACGAGCCCGCCUACCCGGCAAAGUGAAGAAGGUGGUGAUAUUCGACCACACGAUCAGACGACGAGACAAGAACUCUCCCCGACAGCCAGUCCAGCAAGUACAUGUCGACCAAACACCAGGCGCUGCUGCUGCGAGAGUAAGACGACAUUUGCCUGCAGAAGAAGCCGAGGAGCUGUUGAAGGGCAGAUAUGCAAUCAUCAAUGUAUGGCGACCCAUCGAGAACGCUGCUACGGAUUUUCCACUCGCGGUUAUUGAUUGGCGUUCUACCUCUGCCUCGGACUUCAUUGCUGUGGACCUGAUGUAUCCUACUCGGACAGAUGCAGAUGAUGAUGAUCGAGGAAAGGAGAAGUUGCCGGAUGAGAAGACAUUACAGAGCUUGGAGGGAUAUCAGGCUAAGGGAGAGACUUUCGCUGUUGCGCCGAAGGAGGGACACAAGUUCUAUUAUGUGAAGGAUAUGCGACCUGAAGAGGUUAUGCUGUUGAAGUGUUAUGAUAGUGCAGGUGAAGGAGAGCCGUUGGGCAAAAAGGGGCUGGCGGUCAGGACACCUCAUACCGCAUUCUUCGAUCCGGCAACCCCGGAAAGUGCUCCAGGUAGACAGAGUAUCGAGGUCAGAUGCUUGGUGUUUUACGAAUGAGAUGGUAGAUGCUAUAGGCAUGGAGUAGAAUUAAAUUAGCGUGCUGUAUAAUAAUGAGUGCAUAUCAAUAUUCGAGAGAUUGAAAGUCCAGAUGAGAGAAGGUGGUAUAUGGAUGUGCAUGUGUUGACUGGGCAGUUGAAGCUUCUAGGAUUGAUUAUCCACCAGGUAUUUAGGUCUGUUCCUGCAUCCUGCAAGAGAGUUAUCCUUCAACCAAUCGCGACGGACAAGAUGAGAAAG